AUGCCUCCAAAAGGUAUAUAUGAUUUGUUCUUUGCAAAUACUGCGAAAUCAAAGCAUUUCCUUAACAACAUUAAGACGUACAACAACAUGUUUUGCUUUACGUCAAUGGGUGGAAGAAUUGAUAAGAGUAUCAACACAUCUGGUGGUCCACCUGUCUUCCAUUUGAAUGGUCAAAACUUUCACUUGAUGGGUAGUCUACUUCCAACUGAAGGCAAAGCUCCGCAUUUUGCUCAAUUGUACAUAUAUGACACUCAGAAUGAGAUAGACAAUCGUGUUAAUGCUGUGAGGCCGGAUGGUGAGAAUAAUGACAUUGAUACUGAAAUUGUUAAGGAUAUUCAAACUGAGCUGGAUAAACACAAUGUGUUAGUUAAAUCAUUCCGUAUGGCGAAGGAUGAGUUGCAAAAGAACCCACGAGCAAAGGUUAAAAUAAAAUUGCUUGGUAAGCGGAAUACUCUACCAAGGAUAUACAAUCUACCGCAAGUUUCAGAAGUUGCUGCUUUAAUUGUUGGAGAUCUUGAUACCAGCAUUGGAGAGCGUGACAUUUUGGUAGAAACUAAUAGUGGAUUUUUGAAAAGAAUCAGUGAAUUAAAUCGAGCAUACCUACCUUUACAAUACCCCCUGUUAUUUCCAUACGGUGAGGACGGUUAUAGGGAAGACAUACAUUUCACUUCUUUGAAAGGAAACGGCAAUGCUGGUAGGCAAAGGAUUAGUCCUAGAGAAUAUUUCUGUUUCCGUAUUCAAACAAGGGUUUCCGAAGUCUCAACCUUCUUGAAUGCAAAACGGUUAUUUCAGCAGUUCUUGGUGGAUAGUUAUACCAUGGUUUGGUCUGGCAGAUUAAUAUAUAUUAGGACUCACCAAAAGCACUUAAGGUGUGAAACCUAUAACUGUUUGUCAGAUGCGUUGACCCGUGGUGAGGUUGACCCAAAUACACAAGGUCGUAGGAUCAUUUUGUCGUCCAGUUUUACCGACGGUGCUAGAUGGAUUGGAUAUCCCGAUCUAUUUAUUACGUUUACGUGUAACCCUAAAUGGCCAGAGAUUCAACGCUUUCUUUGUGAUAAACGUUUAAGAGCUGAAGAUCGUCCGGAUAUAGUGUGUAGACUUUUCAAGAUGAAGUUGGAUUCUUUGAUAUCUGAUUGUCGAAAGAAUCAAUUCUUUGGUGCUGUAGCUGGAGGAAGCGACGUCGAGUACUACAAUGCAGUAGAAGAAUUUAUGAUUCAUGGUCCCUGCGGAAGAGCCAGACAGAAUUCGCCAUGUAUAUCUGGUAAUAUGUGCACUAAACAUUUCCCCAAAAGAUUUGUGGACGCUACAACAUUUGAUGAAGAUGGAUACCCAAUUUAUAGACGUCGGGAUAAUGGACGUAUAGUUGUUAAGAGUGGGAUCCCUUUGGAUAACAGGUAUGUGGUGCCACACAAUAGAGAAUUGUUGUUAAAGUAUAGAGCUCAUAUUAAUGUUGAGUGGUGUAAUCAAUCCCGUUCUAUUAAGUACCUGUUUAAAUAUGUGAAUAAGGGUCAUGAUCGUGUUGCAGCUCAGUUCUACAAAACCCAUCAGGAUGAUGUUGGUGGUAAAGUUGUUGAUGAAAUAAAUAUGUACUAUGACUGUAGAUACAUAUCUCCCUGUGAAGGUGCAUGGCGAUUAAUUGGAUUUGAUAUUCAAUUAAGAUCACCAUCGGUUGAACGGUUAAGCUUCCACUUGCCAAACCAACAUAUUGAUAUUUUUGAAGAUGAUGAUCCAGUUGAGAAUAUUGUAAACCGACCUACUAUUGCAUAG